GAAAGAAAAAAACAACAACAACAAAACAUUACUUGAAUGCGAGAAGUGUCGCCGUCUACAGCAUUGCUAAAUUUACCACCAGCUCCAUUUCACUUCCCAGUCGAGAGGCCAACACCUGGCUACAGUGUGUUCUACGAUGUUGUUUGUGAUUUGUUUUACAAACGUCUGAGUUGCAGUAUUUUGUUUGUUAAUCAACAAUAACAUAUAAUAAUCUCGAUUUUUGUCAACUACAACAGUUUAUUUUUUUCAAACGUAUUAUCCUCGUACCUGUUGACAGCAACCAGCACAGUGGUUUCACAACAAGGAUGUAAAUACCAGCAAAGUGGUUUGAUAACAAGGAUGUGUUUACAGUGUACGACCGCGUUUCAAGACAGACGUUUGAACUGGAGACCUCAAUUUCUUAUGUGUGCACCUGGUUUGAGUUUCUAAUAAAACCAUGAUAAAGAAAGCGGUGUAUCAGUGAACCUCAAAGAUUUAAAAUUUCAGAAAUAAAACGAUGGAUCAGAAGCUGUUUGUGUUGUGCAGUGUUUUUUUCAUCGCUGGAGUAGUACAUUCAGACCCGGUCAUCAACGAGUGCCCGUAUAAAGGAAAAUAUGUAUACGAGGACAGUACUGACACCUUCAGUUGCAGCAAUUACGGAACAAAAAUGUCGUGGCUUUUAUAUAAUGGCACAAAUAGAAUGACAAUCGGUAUCUGUGAUCAGCAAAGUUGCAUAUCUGCAGAUAAAAACCGUUUCAACUUAGAAGCAACAAAAAUUCAAAAUUGGAAUUACAAAAGUCAACUAGAAAUAAAGAAUGUUACAAGGGAGCAUGCUCGUUUUCUCAUUUGCUUCGACAGUUCAGCAGAACAAGACUACUGUGAGCUUCAUGUUAUAGCGCCUGCACGUGUCCCUUCUAAUAACUGCAGUGUGAGCAUCUCUAACUGGCAAGUGAACGGGACGUGCUUAGUGUUUAGAAUGUACACGUCAGACAACAACUACUGGUGUGCUUGGUACGAGAACAACAACAACAACAAGAGCUUCGGGUAUAUGGGAUUUGGUAGCACACUCAAGAACUAUACUUAUAACUCAAGGAAUUAUACAAGAGGAAAAUGUUCAUUUACAAAAGAAAUGUCUCUUGUGGAAGGCCAUUACACAUACAGUCUGAGGGUAUUCCCAGGUUCUGGUGUUUACUACAACAACACAAUCACUAUAGCUUAUCCUGACGAACCCACUCACGACUGCCCACAACACGUUUUUGAGGGAUCGGAUUUUCAUUGCACUUGCAAAUCAAAUACAACUGGUAGUCCACCUGCAAAAGUUGCUUGGGAUGAAUUAGUCACUGAAGUGCUACAAGUGAACAAUGCAAGUCGACAUUUAAACGGAGAACUACACACAUGUCGACUAGUGUGGGGGCCACAGGGCUACAUCAACAGAAAAACUUCCUUCAUCAUUGGUGUAGCGUACGGACCUUCUGCGGUUCUUCUGAACAGCACCCAAAAAGACGCAGAAAAUGGAUCUUACAUAAUAAGUGUUACCUGCACAGCAGUCGAUGUUUACCCGUCUGCUGUGUUCACUUGGAACAUCACGUGUCUUAGGCAGACAACACACACCAACAUUCAGCACUGCAUUGUGAAGUUAACUGAACAUGAAGAACUGUCAGUAACGUGCACAGCCAGCAAUGCCUACUACAAACAUGUGUUUCUUUCACAAACCAUCCUCCUACCUAUUUCAGCAGACGAGGCUUCAGCCACCGCUGCGGGGACCGGAAGUCUAAAUGGUGGACUAAUAGGUGGAGUCACUGCAGCUGCUGUGGUUGUGUUGGUCAUCAUAGCAGUUGUUGUUGUAUACAUCAUAAAACGCCGAAAAGGGAUGGCAAAACAGGAAGGAUGUACAUCAGGAUCUUCAUCUGACUUUGGGAACUUUUUGAAACAUAACAACCCGCUGUCGAAGCUCUACGCAGUCGUAAAGAAGCCGAAGCCACAAACUCCCAUUGAACGCCACUCAGCUCCCUCAGGUGACCUGUACACCAUCCCUACUUCAGGGACAAUCCAGCAGGGCGAGAAUGGGUAUAAUUCAGUGUACGAGACUGCUGACAGCACAGCAUUUUAUGAAGAGAAUAAUUUCGACCACCAAGCGGAAGAAGUCGCAAAAGAAACUAGUGAAUGGACGGCAAAGGCCCAGUCAACAGUAACACCAGCAGUUGCUGUAAAGAAAUUCCAAGAUUUAUCAGGUGGCUACAUGAAUGUCACUGAAGUUUUAACAGACUCUGGUUUGGGCGUGUACCAUGUAGUUCCCUGGGCUUCAAAUUCUGGAACCAUGAAUCCUGAAAGUUCUACACAAGCCAUCUCUGAAGACGAAUACAAUGCUCUACAUUUCGAGAAAGAUCGAACUGGACAAGAAGACCUGGAUGUGGACUACAAUCACCUUCAGACCACAGAAGACAAUUACUUCACUUUAGAGCCGACCUACUGAACAUCUUUACGUUUAACGAUUAAUUCAUCAGGUUAGAAGUUUCUGGCAGAUGAAAUCCACAAUAGGUUGAAUGGUGUUACUGAUCUGUGAAAGUAUAAAGAAGAAAGCAAAGAAAUGAAGGUUUCUUAUCGUUUCUUCACGUUUCUGGAAAGAGUCUCUUUUAGAUAUGUGGACCUGUUGUAAAGCUAAAUAGGAAAUGUUAAUACUAGUUAUUGUUGUAUGUAUAAAAGAUAUUUUUAAGAUCUGUGUGGAUGUGUGAUGUACAGAUUUAUUAAAAAUGGAUAAGCAAAUGCACUGACAAAUUAAGGAGACAAGCAAUACAUGUAAAGAUUGAUUUAUAAAGUAUCCAUACCGGUAUCACUGCACAUAUGCUAUGCUAUGUGUAUGGGAAUGAACAUGAACGUGUGAAUAAAAAAUGAAUGGGCAAAAAACACAAAAGAAAGAGAGAGAGCUAACAGUAUAUUUUACCUUUCAGGUACAUAUGUAUCAGUUGAAUCUUAUGCAAGUGUAUGUCUUUUUGUGUUUUUUCUGUUUUUUAAAUGCUCAAUAUUUUGUUGAUAACUUAGCAUAUCUAUCCAGUCUACCGAGUAAGAAAUGUUUUCUAGUUCUUUUUUUUACAAUUUGUUCUAUAUUGUUAAAAUCAUAAUUAUAAAGUCUUCUUGGCAUAUUCUUUAUCAGGAUGUUUGUAAAGCAUUAUAUUACGUAUUAAUAAUACUCAAAUAAAUAGUCUACUAUUUCUAACAUCAUUUGUUGUUGUUUUUAAAACAUGCGAGGUAUUCUUCAAAUAUCAGUAACUUCUUAAAAAUAUGAUUCAAUAUGACCUAAAUUGUUGGGUAAAGCG